AUGGAGUACACAACCGUUGCAAUUCUCGCUGCGCUAUAUAUCGCUGUCCGUCUGUUCUUUAAGUCGCGCAACUCAGGCCCAGCAACCAUCAUGUCUCACGGAAAAGUCACCGAGAUCGACAACCAAGUCAUCUUCAAAGCCCUCACCUCCUCCGGCCCCGUCGUCGUUGACUUCUUCGCAACCUGGUGUGGACCUUGCAAGGCUGUCGCUCCCGUUGUCGGAAAGCUGAGCGAGCAGUACCAAAAUGUUCGUUUUAUCCAGGUCGAUGUGGACAAGCUGCAAGGUGUCGCGAAGGAACUGAGCGUGAACGCUAUGCCCACCUUUGUGGUAUUCAAGGAUGGCAAAGAGGUCAACCGCGUUGUUGGCGGUGACAUGAAGAAACUCGAGGCACAGAUUAAGGAGAUCUCGGCAUAG